AUGAAAGAGUCAGAUAAUUCAUCACAUGAUGGGCUGCACAGCAAUGAGAGUUCUGGAGAUGAAGGAGGGAGUAAGGAUAUGGACAAGAAGAAGUUUAGGGUAUUCAAUCCUACAACAGAGAUGGAUGACCCAAAGUUUGAACUUGGGUUGUUAUUCAAGUGUAAAAUUGACUUUAUCAAUGUUGCAAAAUCACAUGGAGUGAAGUAUGGAAGGAAAAUCAGGUUUAAGAAAAAUGAUUCAAACAGAUGCAAAGCCAUAUGCAGAAGCAAGAGAUGCAUGUGGAACAUAUAUUGCUCAGUUAGGAGUGAUAAAGUGACAUUCCAAAUAAAAAACAUGCUGCUGACUCACACUUGUGGUAGGACAACCUAUCACGGCCUGGCAAGUGUGACAUAUUUGGCCAACAAGUAUUUGGUGGACAUUAGACUGAACCCAAAUUUUAAUGUAGGUGAUUUUAUGAUAAAGGUCCACAAGGACUUGGGAGUUAGUAUCGCACCUAAUGUGGGGUAUAAGUACAGUAAACUUUGGAGCUACUGUGAAGAACUUCAAAAGGCAAAUCCUAACUCUAAUGUGUUCAUGAAUACAACUGAGAAUAAUGAGGGUGAUGAUGAGUUUCAGAGAUUCCAUGUGUGCCUAAAUGGUUGUAAAAGAGGGUUUCUGCAGGGUUGUAGAUAUGUUGUAGGUCUUGAUGGAUGUCACUUAAAAGGCUGUCAUAAGGGAGUUCUUCUCACAGCCGUUGGUAUUGAUCCAAAUGAUCAUCUAUUUUUGAUAGUGUAUGCCAUAGUUGAGACUGAAAAUAAGAACUCUUGGAAAUGGUUUGGAGAAGAGCUAAAAGAGGGGCUAGUUCAAGCUAUUCAAGACGUACUGUCAGGGGUUGAGCAUCGCAUGUGUUUGCGGCACAUGUAUAAUAAUUUCAAAAAACAACAUCUAGGCUUAGCUCUCAAGGAAAGGAUAUGGGUUGUCGCACGAGCUUCUUAUAGGGAUAGAUUUGCUGGAUUGGAGUCACUAAAAGAGUUUGAUGAAGGUGCUUACAAUUGGCAGAAACCAAUUCUUAACAUGUUGGAGACCAUUAGAUUUUACUUAAUGGUUAGAAUGGAAAAAAAGAGGGAAUGGAUAAGGAAAUACACUGGGGAGAUAUGUCCUAAAAUUCUGAAAAAGUUGGAGAAAAAUAAGCUUGUUGCAAAUGACUGCAUUCCUAGCCAUUCCAAGGACUGGAAAUUUGAAGUUAGGUGCAUGUAUGGUGAUAGGUAUACUGUGGACCUUAUUAGUAGAUGUUGUAGUUGUAGAAAGUGGGACCUUAAUGGCAUUCCUUGUGCACAUGCCAUUGUUGCAAUUUGUGACACUGGAGAGGAAUCCGAAAAGUUUGUACAUGAUUGCUACUCCAAAGAAGCUUACAUGAGGGCAUAUGAACCCAUGAUAAACCCAAUGAAUGCUGAGCAAAUGUGGAAAAAUUCUGACAUGCUGCCCGUGCUACCUCCUGAGAACAUAAAACUUCCUGGUAGACCACGAAAGGCUAGAUGA